CUUUAUACCCUAUGACUUGACUUGCAUUACAUUCCCGGUUUACUUUCUGGCUUACCGCGGACUUACACAACCUUGCCGCAUGAGUUCUUUCGCUUCCGUGUCUCUUUUCAACGGUGUAUUGUACUUAUACAUAAUAGCUCUCUCGCUACACAUUUAUUUAUUAUCGCGAGUUUUUAUACAUUGUUUCAUGAAAAGUCUCUGGUGCUUUGCGCAUCAAAAUACUCUAAAACACCUACGCACACGCACAAACAAAGUAGAGAAGCUUCAAGAAGCCUCUCAGUAAACCUAUGGAAGCCUAUUCAAGUAGUGCACUCCAGUCCCAACUGUUACAAACACCCAUUGUUAGUGAACCAUAGGGAUCGUAGGUACCUGUCAUUGACAACCACACACACUCACUUCUCUGGCUUUGGCAUGCGCUACGCGUUCUCCCUGUCAGUCUUACCAACGCGUCGUCAGGAAAUGAUCACCGUUCAAGAUGGAGUGGAACAGACGAGACAUUCCAUAAGGUUUUAGUAAACAAAUCAGUGUUUUCUAUUUUAACGUCAUCAGUUAUUGAUUUAAUAUACGUUGAAGAAAUAUUAAAGUCAUGGCUAAAUCAGUGCUAAGUUCAGAUACUCUACCCAAAGCUGGUCGAGUCAAUGAAGUUUGUAGAGAAUGGCUUGUUCACGAGGAUGGAGCAUUAGCUUAUCGCUUACAGGAUGAAGAGAUUAAAGAACAUUAUACUGGAAAUAAAGUACGAAACGCUCAAGUAAGAGAAGAUUUACCUCGUGCACGAGUAGAACAGGAGCUUGAGGAAUUGAGAUAUCAAUCAUUAAUUCGUCAGCAAGAGGAAAGAGAUGCACUUGUUGCACGUCAAGUAGCAUUGAAUUUGGAACGAGAAGAGAGAGAACGAGAACUUCAAGAGAGAAUGAGGCACCAACUCAGACUUGAUGAUGAAGCAGCACGAAUAGAAGCAGAAAUGGAAAUGCAAAGACGUUUACAAGAAGAAAAAGAUCAGGAAUUAGCGAGAAAGUUACAAGAAGAAGAAGAGAGAGCAGUCGAUGUUAAUGAUGGCCCAGUUGACGAGCAAUUUUUAAGAGACCAAAAGUUGGCUAUUGAGGCUCAAGAUGCAGAAUUGGCGCGAAUGCUUCAAGAAAAGGAGAGAGCAAAAGCUCGUCGAGCACGUGAGCGAGCUAGACAAAGGAAAUUGGAACGUCAGCAGAUGCAACAACAGCUCGAAAGUCAACCAAAUGAAGUCGACAGGCCACAACGACCAGACAAGUUGGAUUUGAAAGUAGCUUAUGAUAAAAAACCUCGCCAUCAUUCACACUCGGUUAAUCAUUCUCAUCAAUCUCCACAUUACCCAGAUCCUGAAGAAAUUCAAGUUUUAGACGAUUACGAAGAAGAAAACAAUGAAACGCAUGAAGUCUCAAAUGUCGCGGCGAUUAUUGAUCCAACGUACACUGGAAGUGGUCCACGAAGCAGUUCAAGUAGCUCCAGUAACACUGUAAGUCCUGCCUAUGUAUUACCCACCCCUCCUCAAGAACUUAUGGGUGAUGAUGUGCCUUGUUAUAUGCCUAUACAAGGCCAACGUCGUACGCAAAUGCAGUCACCAUCAUUAUCCCAUGAAGAAAAGCACAAGCGUCGAGUUAAGGAUGGAUGUAAAACCCAAUAGGACAGGCUGAUCUCCAUAGUUAGUAAAUGGAGUUCAAAUAGCACAAGAAAAUAUAAAAAAACGCACUUAAAUGAUCAUAAAUAUUUAAUGACCCUUUGAUGAGAUGUGACCGUAUCUUACAAAACAUUUUCAACUUCACAACUGCCUUAGAAAAGAAAUAAUAAGUAGAAAACUUGAAUUUGUAUGUUCAAGUUUUUAUGUUUACAUGAAAAAGAGAUAGAUGCCAUAGAGAUAUUGUUAAUGGAAUUUUGCUAGAUAGUGAAACGACGAUAGCAUUGUGCCUUUGGAUGAGGCAAGUUCUCAGUACGAGUGCUCAAAUAAUUGUUCAUACAAUUUGAACAUGAUUUUUUUAUUUUUUUUACAAACAAAUUGAAUUAAUUAGCUAUUGGAGAUUUAAAUGCUUUAUUUAUACUUAGAGUUACCAUUCGAUCUUUCAU